AUGGCAUCACCUGCUUCUCUUGUGUCGGCCCCUAUUAGAGGAAGUGUUCCUACGUCCGGAAAUAAGCCACUGGAACCAUUGUACGCCUUGUCUGUGAGCGAGUAUGUGAACAGACACGAGAAUGGUACUAUAAUCGAGCAACGAAACGAGGAGACCAUAUUGAAACGGUUCAAUGAUCUUCGAACCCCCUUCAAGGCCUGGCCCAUAGCCCAGAUUGAUUCCUUGGCCAAUUCCUUCACCACGACCUGGCUCCUUCUUGUCCCAGUCCCCAAACAAUGCGAAGAAGUCAUUUUCCCCGCGCUCACUGACAACUUCCGCAUCGAGUUCGAAGAAAGAAUAUAUCUUUCGAACAAGACUUAUUCUCUCGUCAAUUUGUCAGCAACACGCGUGAAAAACCCGUAUGAGGAUAUGGAGACCAUCGUCGGCCCAGAAGUCGUGAAAUGUGCGGCCUUCAACAUCCAGGUGCCACGUGCGGUGAAGAAUGAUGAAGGAGACCAGGAGAUCCUCGAACUGAUGAACCACAUGAAGACAGCCGCUACACUCGAUGACUUUCAACGCAUAACCUUGGAUCCGACGUGUCAAAAACAUGUCUUCAUCACAUGGGACACGUUUUCAAAUACUUACGAGGCCGAACUAGCCGCGCUACAUCGCCUGACUGGAGGUUGCCAAGUUGAAAGUCGACAGGUCAGCCCAAAGUGUAAGGCCGCUUUUGAGACAAUACUUGAAUUCAAGCGACCAAACACAACUAUCACUAAUCUCCACGAUAUAUUUCCGCACCUUAAGAACCCACACCAUCCAGACCAUAGGGUUCGGAGGAGCAUUCUGCGACGAUUCCGAUCCUUUAACAAGGAUCAUGUGGCGGCAUUUCAAGGACUGAAGUCUAUUCCGAACGGCCUCUAUUUUGUGAAUGGAUGUCCUGGUGCGGGUAAGACAGAAUGGAACAUGGUCGUUUCUGCUCUGAUUCAGUCAGUACGUCGUCCAGGUGCAAAGAGGCGGUACAACCCCAUUUUAUUUCUCGUUGACCUCAACAAGACUGUCGAUGAUGCUGCGGACCGAUACUGGAGCUUGGCAAAGGAGUGUGGCCUCCAUCUUCGCAUUAUUCGAAUGCACGGUUGGCCUUACGAAAUGAAGAACAGUGAGAGACUGGGCAAGAAUCAGGCACAAGACUGUGACCAGCAAACAGACUUUACGAGAAAGUUUUUGACAACUGCAAAUAUCGCAAAGACUCUGAAUGCCAGAAGAAACCCUAACAAGGCGCCAACCCUGGAUGAAGCUGCCUGGGAGUACUAUGAAAAGCACAAACAUGGUGGUUUUGUGGCGCUUAAGAAGGUGCUCACGCGAAUGGAGGCCAAGGAAGUCUUGCACCACGACGACUGGAAAUGCUUGCGGAACGAAAUUACAAAACUGUACACCGCGGUUUUGAAGCAGACAGACUUCAUAGCCACGACACCCGUGGCCGCAUAUGGGGGCUUCGCUAAGCUUUUUAAGCCAGACGUCAUCUUCAUGGAUGAAGCACCCCAUGCCAGAGAGCUAACGACGCUCAUACCUAUCGCCUUCUUCGAGCCAAUUGCUUGGAUUUUCACGGGUGAUGUCAAACAGACUCGACCUUUCGUGAAGAGCGGCGAUCCACGCGAUGCCCUGAAGAAAGGGCUUGAGGUGAAUCCAUAUUCUGAGCAGCUGCGUCUUAGUCUCAUGGAAAGGGCCAGUAGACUGGGGGCGAUCAAUUGUUCAUUGUUGAUCAACAAGCGAGCGCAUGGCAACUUGCACAAGCUGCCGUCGGAUCUCUUCUAUGGCGGAAGGAUGUCCUCUGAUUACCCAUCAUCAAGGCAGUUCCCGGAAACGGUUAGCUACCUGAGACGGCACCUUGAGGCCCUCGGUAGUGGACAAAGAUUGAAUGCGAACCGGGCUAUUGUUGCCCUUUCGGCGAGCAAAGAGGAAAACCACUGUCACAGUUUCUGGAACCCUGUGAAUCAUCGUUGGGUCUUGGCUGAAGUUAAAAAGCUUUUGGAGGACCCGGCAUUCCGAGCCAUCACGGACAGCAAACCCGGACGUGUGAUGAUCCAGACACCAUAUAGUGUCUCUAUGCGUCAGUAUGCACACGUGGUUAAGGGUUGGCCAGUUGAGUGGCAGGAGAGGACAGAAGUCUUGACGGUAGACAAGGCUCAAGGCAACCAGGCAGAUGUUGUUUUCCUUGAUAUGGUGAGAACCACGAAGCCCGGCUUCAUGGACGAGGCACAACGCCUCAACGUGGCAAUAACCAGAGCCAGACAAGCGGAAAUUGUUCUGAUGCACCCUGCAAUGACUUUUCGCCUACGCCAGGGUAAGCAGGUACCGACCGAUUACACCUCAAAGGUCUGGGAGGAUGCAGUUGCGAACAAUCGCUUAUUUGUGGUCUGA